CGCCGUCCCCCACUUACCGUGUGCGACCAACGUCGGUGGCUGCAGAGCGAGACACGGGCGCGGACACCUCGGAGUCAGGUGCGCUGCUUGUCUGCGAUGGCUGAUCUUAUUCACAUCCACGAGUCUUCCUCUGCUGUUGCGAACCGGUUUGCGCGAAAAGGCGCUCUGCGACAGAAGAACGUGCACGAAGUAAAGAACCAUAAAUUUAUCGCUCGAUUUUUUAAGCAGCCCACGUUCUGCAGUCACUGCACAGACUUCAUCUGGGGAUUCGGCAAACAAGGAUUCCAGUGCCAAGUGUGCUGUUUCGUGGUUCACAAAAGGUGCCAUGAGUUUGUUUCAUUCUCCUGCCCAGGGGCUGACAAGGGCCCUGACACAGAUGACCCCAGAAGCAAGCACAAGUUCAAGAUCCACUCCUAUGGAAGCCCAACGUUCUGUGACCACUGUGGCUCCCUGCUUUAUGGCCUCAUCCAUCAGGGCAUGAAAUGUGAUACCUGUGAUAUGAAUGUACAUAAGCAAUGUGUGAUGAAUGUGCCAAGCCUGUGUGGCACGGACCACACCGAGCGGAGAGGACGCCUCUUCCUCAAGAUUGACGUCAGUGGAGACAGACUCCAUGUGACAGUCGGUGAGGCGAGGAAUCUGAUUCCCAUGGACCCCAACGGGCUGUCAGAUCCAUAUGUCAAACUGAAGCUGAUCCCAGACCCCAAGAAUGAGACCAAACAGAAGACCAGGACAAUCCGCUCUUCCCUCAAUCCCACCUGGAAUGAGUCCUUCAACUUCAAGCUGAAGCCCUCGGAUAAAGACCGCCGGCUGUCUGUAGAGGUGUGGGACUGGGACAGAACCACACGGAAUGACUUCAUGGGCUCCAUGUCAUUUGGCGUGUCAGAGCUGAUCAAAGCACCUGUCUGUGGAUGGUAUAAGAUGCUGAACCAGGAGGAGGGUGAAUAUUACAAUGUUCCCAUCCCGGAAGUGGAGCACAUCAACCUGGAGCUCAGGCAAAAGUUCGAGGCCUGUCAACUUAAUAUCCACUUCCUAAAGAAGGCAAAGCUGGGUCCAGGGAAGAAAAUGAUCACCCCGUCAGACCAUCGGCGCUUCAGCCUGCCCUCGGGACAUAUGGACAGGGUCCGGCUCAAUGACUUUCACUUCUUAGCGCUCCUGGGCAAGGGCAGCUUUGGCAAGGUGAUGCUGGCAGAGAUGAAGUCCACGGAGGAGCUGUACGCCAUCAAGAUCCUGAAGAAGGACGUGGUGAUCCAGGACGACGAUGUGGAGUGCACCAUGGUGGAGAAACGGGUGCUGGCCCUGAGGGACAAGCCUCCCUUCCUCACACAGCUCCACUCCUGCUUCCAGACUGUGGACCGACUUUACUUUGUGAUGGAGUACAUUAACGGGGGGGAUCUGAUGUAUCACAUCCAGCAAGUGGGCAAAUUCAAGGAGCCUCAGGCUGUGUUCUACGCGGCUGAGAUUGCUGUAGGUUUGUUUUUCCUACACAGGAAAGGAAUCAUCUACAGAGAUCUGAAACUGGAUAAUGUGAUGCUGGACUCAGAAGGACACAUUAAAAUUGCAGACUUUGGCAUGUGCAAGGAGAACAUGUAUGAAUGCAUGACAACACGCACCUUCUGUGGCACUCCAGACUACAUCGCCCCAGAGAUCAUUGCCUAUCAGCCAUAUGGCAAGUCGGUGGACUGGUGGGCCUACGGUGUCCUCCUCUAUGAGAUGCUGGCAGGUCAGCCCCCGUUUGAUGGUGAGGACGAGGAUGAGCUGUUCCAGUCCAUUAUGGAGCACAAUGUCUCCUAUCCCAAGUCCUUGUCCAAAGAAGCUGUGUCCAUCUGCAAGGGGCUGAUGACCAAGCACCCCUCCAAGCGGCUGGGCUGCGGUUCAGAGGGGGAGAGGGAUCUCAAAGAGCAGGCAUUCUUUCGCCGCAUUGACUGGGACCGCCUGGCCAACAAAGAGGUUCAGCCUCCAUUUAAACCCAAAGUGUGUGGCAAAGGGGCAGAAAACUUUGACAAGUUCUUCACACGCACCCAGCCCAUGCUGACCCCCCCUGACCAGCUGGUCAUUGCCAACAUCGACCAGAACGAGUUCGCUGGCUUCUCCUACAUGAACCCACAGUUCAUCCACCCUUCUCUACAUGGCAGUGUGGUAUGAGGCAGAACAAGGGCACAACCUGGCAGGCCUGCGACCCCAAGACGACCCGACUACGAUGCAUGCGACGGCCUCCAUGGCUUUACAAACUGAAUAAACCUAUUUUUACUGUUAAUGACCCUUUACAAGACCACAGGCUGAUCGGGGG